AGAGCCACCACGCAAAACAAUCCUUGAUACGGCAAGUGACGAUUUCGUUGAGGAAACCGACGAUUUGAUGGAAAAUGUGCGACGAAAGGUACGUCCGCACCAAUACCCAUGUCAGUCAGACGCUCAAUACUAGAACCAUGUACUUACAGUCCUAAAGCAAUCGGAGUCCCUAUGGUUUUAAAUAUAAUCAGUUAUGUUUAUAUUUCAUUUUAAUUCACCGGCCCUGUUAUUAAUUUACAGACAGUCAAAUUAACUUUGAAUAUCGAUAAAUCAUUUUCGAGAGAAAUACUAUGAUAAUUGUGGGCGGUUGUGCUCCAGGGCACGCUAUCGCUGUGUAACUUGUAAAAAAUUGCUUGACAGUGGCAAAACGCCAUACAAACCGAAUGAGCAAUAAUAGGGUGUUUUCAUUAAUCCUGAACGAAAACUUCGCUGUUCCUUAUUCCAGUCAAAAUGAGAAAAAUUAUUAUUCCAAAGGGCAUUAUUGACCACCUGAUUAUUCCAUUAUUCUAAAGGACAAGAUUUCUGUGAUUAUCUAUCUUCAGUCACUGAAAAAGAAUUACUUUACACAGAAAUUUUUGUACUUCAUACUACUUCAAGAAAACCAUUGAAGUUUGACCAUUUUCUAAUCCCCUAUACUGCCCCCUCCCCCUCCCAAUGUGUCGUUAAUGAUGUAUAUUUUGCAAACCCUCCAUUCUUACUUUAGGUUAUAAAAAAGCCGCAAACCUUUUGACAGCCGCUUUGUUUGUGUGACUCAACAUCUAGGAUAUAAACAAGUUCUGAUGUGAUUCAGUUUGUUUUUGAAAUCAAGUAAAAAGUAAUUAUAAAUGCGAGGUAGUGUUAAACGGAGCGAUUCUCACUUAGCCGAAGCUUAAUUUUAUGUAAGAGAUGAAUGCAUUUAAUCGCUUUAUUUUGAGUCAUUUAAGGCAAUGGACUACAAAAGCGUAACGUUCUACUCUUUUAUCAGCCGGUUUGCGCCAUUUUUAAUCAUAGUUUUCCUCCUUACUGAAACAUGGCGCGCUAUUUCUUCGGGCCAAAUCUAAUUAUUAGAAUUAUUAGAAAUAACUACAGUCAAACCUAUAUCUUUGGGAAUGGCUUACUGACCGCUUAAUACAGGUUGACUCUUUCAUACAAGUUUGACAAACCUAUCUAGGACCGGAGUUUAUCAAGAAAAUCAAGAUGGUGACAAAGCGAAAUAUCCACAACACGGCAACUGUUGAAGGGGUACACAAACUGUUUUACCAUUUUUUGUGCCAAAGUGACCGUUGAACAGGUGGAGAAAAUAAAAAAAUAACUCGUUGGGACCAUGAAAAAGGUGACCGGGUCAGUUCUAUAGUAAUUCCGGGGCUUACGAAAGUGACCGCUUAAUGCAGGUCCACUCAACUUAAUACACGUUAGAUUGUAUGUUAUGAACUGGGCAAGGAAAGUAAAUAAAUGUUACCGCUUGCUUACUAGCGAUGAAAGAUUUCACUUAAAGAUUCUAAAAUAGAUUUAUGUACUUUUAACAAAUCACCUUAUUGAAAUGUACGCUUCAUCUAAGAAGAAAAUUAUAACAUAUCAGUUUUUUAAUAUGGAUAAUAUAUAAUCAACAAUCUUACCAUUUUUACCUACGCUAAUAGGGAGGUUACGCAACGACGACGAGGGCGGCUACGAAAAGAUCACUUAAAAAGUGAAUUUGCACUCCCUCAGACUUAACCUCGUUAAAUCCCUCAAAUGUUGGCAAAUUUUUUUGGAGUUGAAUUCUAAAGUGAGGACUGGAUCAAAGUUCAGGAAAAGAAAAAGAAAGUUGUCUUCUGUUUCCGUCCUCGACAAAACGUGAAAUUAGUGCGUAGUUUCACGUUGGAGUCGUGCAACGACGGCAGAGAAACGUAGAAAACAGCAUGAUGGACGUGCAAAGUUGUUGUUUUGCUUGUCCAAACCUAUUUCGUUUUUGCCGUUCUCCUUGCCCUCGCCGCCGUCGUUGCGUAAACUCCCUAAUAAAAAAGUGUGUUCACAGCUCAGUCGCUGAGUUGUCUGAGUUGAGAUCUAGAAUAGCCGGGCAAUAUUUUUAUAUUCUAGAUAUCUACGUGGUCGAGUGAGCUAGUGAUUAACUAAAGGCUAUUGUAUAAGCAGUUCUCGCUGCUCUUUCGAACUCUUUGAGCAAUAUUAAAACCUUUCAUGCUCCGGAUGAAAAGCUGGAAAACAAGUCUACGUUUAAUCUAACCACCCGUCCGGGUCAUGAUCUGUAGUCGUUUUAAACUAAAGCACACUUCCAUUUACCUCCCUAAAUAGUGAGCCAUACGCGUUACAAAGCUUGUUUAAAUUUAAAGCGGAAUUCAUGACAACUCAAGAACGGCUAUGCUUAUUUAAAGUCUUUUACUUGUUUCAUUGACGAAAAAUGUUCAGGAACCUAUUUAGCUUCUUUUCCCAAAUCGUCUACCCCCGUUUCACUGUUUCACUUUAUAGGUAAUAUAUUCUACAUAUUUCAAUCGCUUCAAUUGUGUCAAUAAGGCAGUGAACUGUCUUUUUGAGCUUUUAAACACACUCUAUUUCCUGAUCCCGGGAAUAAUAAAUUUUUAGACCAGCAGUGACUUUUAAUUCUUCUGCAAAACUUUGUAGCUGUAAUUGAUGGCAUACUUUAUUCUGCCUUCCAGAAUGAAAGAAUAAAAUUGCUUAUAGAUAAUUGCACCUUAGUUUCUGAUAUUUCUUCAACAUUCACUUUUUGUUUUUUCAUUUAUUUGUGAGCUCUUUGUUGCAGUGUUUUAACGGCUUGUGCUGAAGCCGCAAGGUAUCGUUGUAACGAAGUCACUAAUGAUUAAUUUCAAGAUUUUCAGUUAGCUGUUAUAUAACUUUAGAGCUCACUGUUACCUAAGAGUUGAAAUUAAGAAAUAGCCAAGUUUGGUUUGGCCUGCGAACCGCAGACGCAUUUCCGGGACCGGAAAUGCGUCUGCGGUUCGAAGGCUAAGUUUGGUUAGGAAAGGCUCUGGAAAAGUACAUGCACACUGUACAUCACGUGAACUCAUUAGUAAAGAACAAAGAUUUGUUUGUCCCUUUUAUCCAGACGAACCUGUUAAGAUCUAGCCUAACCUGUUUUAAUGUGUCAAUCAAGGUGUGUAUCUAGCCUUAAAAUCGAUCAACCCUAGCACUGCAGUCAGUUCAGCUUAGUCAGUGACGGAGUGAACCACAACAGCUUAACUGGACUUUUGAGUACGUUUGGACAAAGAAGCAAUCAGUUCUUCUCAACAUGGCUCUUUCAAAGCAAGUAAGUGAAUUUUCCUGACUCCAAGCAAUGAAUUUGAAGUCUAAUCUACUUUGACAAUAAGGACUAACCUUUAGCUGUAUUUGUAGCACACUCAGACCAUGCCACACCCUAACGACAGUUUUCAAAAGUUACUGAAAAGGCUUACUCUCAGUUGACUCAGUUACUGCAUAAAAGAUAAAGCUGUAUAAUUUUCUGAUGUUCAGUUACUUGCCUAGUCUGCUACACAGCCGUUAAAAACGGCUGUGUAGCAGACUAUUACUUGCCUUUCUGUGUCAUGGGCGGCUAUUGUUGUUGUUUUUUUUGUUUGUAUUUUUAAAUCUAUUUUUGUACUAAACGUAAUCAAUUGUCUUUCAAGUGGAAUUCUGCGAGACAGUUCUUAUUUAUUUUUAGAGUUUUCCUGAGUUUAAAUACAUUUUGUGUCAAUAACUGUAGACACGAUCCAAAAUGAAAAUUUACAAUACAAGCCUUAGUCACUGCAGAACUAUUCCAAGAAAAAUACCGCGGUAAACUUUAAAUGUCCUUGCACAGACAACGAAACUUUCUGUUUGAAAUUACGAGAAACACUGGACACAACUGUUGUCUUGUGGUGUGCCUCAGUGAAAGCUUUUAUCGAAAUUUUCGAAGAAAACAAAAAAACCUUUUCGGAUAAUUGUUAUUACCAAAAGAGGUAUUUUUAUCGUAAACCACUGACUAAAGUUAGGACAACAAGUACCGAAGAACCCGCGACACUACAAGAGACAUAAUUGAGGACCUGCGCAGUUCAAGCCUCUACCCCAAUAUUCACACAAUUCUGCACCUUUUGAUGACCAGUCACUGAUAGGCCUUUCCCGAUUGCGCUCGUAAAAUCCUAAAAAAGUGCUGGCAAAAAUGGCUAAAAACUACUUGGUUUAUUGGUGUUGAAGUAAAGCAAGAGACUACUGCACCCCCUCCUAAAAAAAAUCCUGGAUCCGCCCCUGCAGAGCCUAUUCUAUCAAUGUUUAACCGGAAAUAUGGGAACGCAUUUUUUCUUUUUAGUAUUUAUUUAAUUAAACACCAAAAAAGGUAAAAAGGUAAAAGAUCGUUUCAUUCACUGCUUUUGCAGUUAAUUCAUGCGCACUAAUUAUGCAGCAGUUAAUAAAACCGGGUGCGUGGAUUGAUAUUUGCGCGACGUAUAGAUAAUCAAACAAGCAAAUUAAUAAAUGAAUAAAUGAAAAAAUAAUGGUUUUUAUCAUCAUUUUCUUGCAAGACUGGGAUCCUACCUGAAAUGAUUACCAAGCUUCACAUGGAGGGGGUCGUCAAUGGACACUCCUUUGAGGUACAAGGAAAUGGAAGUGGUCAGCCUUACGAGUAAGUUCCAGCUAGUUAAAUGCAGUAGCCUCUUGUUUAAAACAGAUCUCAAACAAUAAACCCCAAACCUCCCACGCUUUUUUUAAAGGGACUUUUUCCCUAACACCGAAUCAUUUCAGCCUUAAUCGUGCACGCCUAAAAAAACGCUCAAAGUAUACGUAUUUUAAAUAGGCAUCAGGGCUCCUGGCAGACCUAGUCUUCUGGUGCAGGAACAGAACCUAAUUACCAUGAUAGCAUGGUUUAUUACGAGUAGCAAAUUCUGACUUCUACUGGUUAUAAACAAGUAUACAAGGGGAGGGGGGGGCGUUAGCAAACUAAAUAUAAAAUAUGCUAAUUUCUAAUGCGUAAAAACUCUUUCUUUAAAAAGGGGUGUGCAGAAAAUGAAGCUUACAGUCACUAAGGGUGCGCCUUUGCCAUUUUCUAUUGACAUUUUGCUGCCUCAAUACAUGUAUGGAAGCAAGCCAUUUAUCAAGUAUCCUGACAAUAUCCCAGACUACAUCAAGUUGUCAUUUCCUGAGGGAAUCACAUGGGAAAGAACCAUGACCUUCGAAGAUGGUGCAGUGUGCACUGCCUCAAACGACUCCAGGUAAUCGAAACUAAAUUUGAAUAAUUUGAAUUAUUCAAAUAAUUGUUAAAACAAUUAUUGGAUGAGUAUCAUCUGAAGAAUUAUGAAGAUCGAGGGCGGUGUUAUCCAUCAGCCGAGGCGAAAAGUUCUUUAGGUGAUUCGAAAGCCGAAUUCAAUGAUUAUUUUAUUAUUCAUUCAAAAUAAUUCCCAGUUUAAACACAAGCUAAAACAUGCUUACCUUCAUCAAUGCUAAGUUCAUCUUUAAUUGCCUGUUCAUCGGCAAGUUUAGGAGAUUAAGGGUUAUUCAGUACUGCAAAUAUUCUCCAAAUAGCACAUGUCGUCUGUCGAGUUGUCUUCUUGCUGUUCUUGCUAUGUUUUUAGCCAGUAGUUCGCCUAUUUCUUCCCCGUUAAACGAGUCAGUGAAAUGUUCUGCCAUUUUGUACUCGGUAAGCACUUGUUUCCAUAUCUCAAACCUCCCUCUCCCUUUUCACUUACACUUACAUGAAAUGUCUAAGUUUUUUGACUCAGAGACUUAAUUUCUACUCAACAAAUGUCGUCAAAGUGCAAGUCUCUUCAAAUUUAAAAGAAAAAAAAAUUGCGAAUCACGAGCAGGAAUCGAUCCCUGAGUGCUAAAUCUGUAAUCUCAUGCCCUAACCACCAGACCACAGAGAAGUCGUUGCAGGAACUUGGAGUAAUUUAACUAUACUGUAGCGAAAACCCUAACCCUAAAUAAAAGCUAACCGUUAACCCUAAUCACUAUUCUAAGUGUUUAACCCUAAUCAGUAUGGUCAGUGCUUAACCUAAAUCAGUAUUAUUAGUGCUUAACCCUAAUCACUUUUGUCAGGGCUCACUCAUAUAUGUAUACAUAUAUGCAAUUACUUUGUGUAGGCAUCACAAGGUAUCCAAGGGCGGUUUGAGAUAUGCAAACUACCGUUUACCGUUUUGGUUACCAAAACAACUCGGUUAAAUGUUCAGUUUUCUGGCAAGUAUGCUGCACAGUUUACGUCAUUUUUCACAUAUCGCAAAAUUCUUCCAAAUUUGGUGCACAGUAGCUGGUUAUGAUGAAUUAUGCCUGAGAUUUUAGCCAAUCAGAAACGAAGAAAUGUUUUGAAUGAAUAAUAACAAAAAUUAUUGGAACACAACAGUAGAUAUUACCUAUUACCUGAUCCACGUUGCUAAGGAGUAGCUAACUAGGGUUGGUUAUCAACCCUUGUUCAUUAUAACUGCAAAAAAAAAUUUUCUACCCCUGUCAGACAACAGGUGUAGAUGUCCAAUACUUCAACCACUGUGAAUGAACCAAUUAUGUUGACGAAAACACUAGGUCUUCUGUCAGUACAUAGUGGUGCAGAUAUAUGCAAUACAUGUGGUCUGGAAAUCGUCCAGUACUUUUCACCUCUCAAGACUUGCGAAAUAACUUUGAAUAAAAUGUCUUUUUUAUGAAAAGACUCGUUGGCAACUGUUUCAUCUACGAAGUCAAGUUUCAAGGUGUAAACUUUCCAAGAGAUGGACCUGUUAUGCAGAAGAAGACAAAAGGCUGGGAACCGUCUACUGAGAGACUGUAUGAGUGGGAUGGGUGUCAGAGAGGAGAUGUCGACAUGGCCUUGAAGUUGGAGGACGGUGGCCAUUAUACGGUCAACUUCAAAACUACUUACAAGUAAGUUAUUUACCCCUGCGCCUUCACAAUUGCAAUAUAAGCAAAGCGAGACAUUUUUAAAAUUUACUUUUGUCUUAACCCUUCAAGAAUGAUAUCCAUAAUUUGUCAAGAGACUAGGUUAUGAGAACAACAAUGGGAAAAUGCCUUGAUCUUUUACAAGAUUCUCUCAACACAUUCUUUAUGGAAAUGUAUAGAGAUUAGUUUGGAGAAUUUGUAUGUGGAUAUUGGGACUUAAAGGGUUAAACUGUAAAACAAAUAGCCACUACUACGCAAUAGUGCUUUUCGCCUUUCAUGAUGGCUUGUGAUUUUGCACAAUCGUGCUUCUCAUAUUCACGUGGUUUUUUCCGACUCAAACACGUAAAAAACUCAGAAUCAGCUCGUACAGCAUAAUAAACAAUAAGACCACAAGGGAAAAUAAAUGUACAAAUGGUUGUUUUAAGUGGUCACUACACAGCAUUUCUUCCACAGACCCAAACGUUAGAACCUCGUUGAAAAGCAUUUUAUAAACAGUACCACAAGAAAGUACUGCUUAGUAGCUUUCAGGUCUUACCAUAAGAUUUUAUCCACAGACUCGAAAGCACGUUCAGUCAGAACGAACCAACUCUGGUACAACAUAAUAAAUAGUACCACAGGAAAGUACGUAUAUACCGGCCAAGAGGAUCCAAUUGAAUGAAGACAUGCACUUUUUAGGAUUUCGUCCAAGAACUUAGACGCACGUAGCCAUGUCUCAACGUUCCUCAGGGCUGUGCAUAAUGCACCCGCCCGAUAACGCCGUUCUAAUACUGAGAAGGGGAUUUACGGAGCAAGUUUAUAACUAAGAUUUAAAACAAGAAUAAGAAAUAGUAGAAGUAACUCCAUACAAGUAGGCUACUCCUGAGCCAAGCUAGUUGAGAGUUUGCCAAUUUAUUAUCGCGAUAGCUUUUCAUAUUGCUCGUCCUAACCAGUAUUUGAGAGCAUGGACAGGCUAAAAUUCUCAUAAAGUGCGUUUAAUAUAACUGUACGAGAUUAAAACGACAAUGAACCGUUCUGUAAAAAUUGAACAGUUUGGCCAAAACAAGGCUUAAAUAUCCGAUUUCCUGAUAAUCAACACCAAACUACAAUUAAAACAAGCGAACAAACAUGAAGAGAAAAAGAGAAAACUGAUGGAAGAAGAAGCCGGUAAAACAUGGGCACCCAACGACAAUUUUUGGAAAAUAUCUGUUCGGAAGACGAUUUGAGAUCUAGAAUUUUCGGAACAUUUGUUGUAAAAAUUCUUGCCUGCCUGCUUCUCCUAGGAUUUGAGAACAUCUAAAAAUGGUAUAAUUGCCCAUUUUUAAAGACUUUUUUCCUUAGAAAAGUCACGUAGAAUUUUCGGGAGCCUUUUUUCUGGCUGAAAUUUUCGAAAAGGUAGACUUUCAGCUACGAAAUCCGAACAGAUGAAAAAUUUUGGGGGGGAUAAAAAUAUGCCUAUAUCUUCCGUUUAAAUACUAAAAUACGUUCAACAAUGCUAUGUUUAAGUGGUUUUGAACUAUAUUCUCGUUGGGUGCCCCUGGUAAAAGAAAAAAUAAUUGUUGUCUCAGUUUUUAUAAUGAUCCAUUCCCGAGACAAGACAAAGGGCAAUAACCGAAAAUGAACGUGGAAGAGUAUUAAGGUAGACGUUUAUCAACGAGACAAAUUUUGUGGCUUGAUUUAUUUGCAUGGCAUUUUGAUCGAUUGUUAGUCAGCGUCUAUUUUCAACCUAACAUUAAUUGUUUGUUUGUUUUUUGCAGAUCAAAGAAGAAAGACUUGAAGGUGCCACCGUAUCACUUCGUUGACCACAAACUAGAGCUACUGAGCCACAACAUCGUUGGCACCAAAGAAAACUUUGAGCAAAAAGAAACUGCUCAUGCACAUCUUUCUAGCCUCAACUCCCUUAAUCAGUAA